CAUUAGUUAUUAUUGCAAAUACUAAUUGUUUUGGCAAUUCUCUUUUCAAAUCACUUUUCAAACAUAUUUUUAUAUAAUAGAAACACAUACUAUGUAAAUAAAUGAUGACAAACCAGAAUUCAAGUUAAAGAGCUGCAAUUCACCUUAGUUUCAGACAAAUUACUCUGGUCAGGAGGGGGCCGGUUAAGUGAGAAAAAAGUAUGAGACUUCUGCAAUAAGCCUUUCCUAUGUACAUCAGGCAAGUACCUUCCUUUAGCAGCAGUCAUAAUGGACAUGUGUUUUGCAUUUUGAAGGACACAUAAACAAAAGAAGGGGGCAAAAGUCAGAGUGGAUGGUAUGGUAUAGGGUGACGUGAAAGUGUGUUUAUAUCCUUUCUGUUAUGCACAGGCCACCAUACGCCUCUGACUUGCUGAGGAAAAGGAAGGGAGAAUGGACAAGUCUUGUGUUUGAUGCAGUCUGCAUUCUCACCAUUAGAUGGACCUGUAAAAACAUCUUCCUCCAUGUCCAAGCUUAAACCUCCUAAGCUUACACUGUCAUUUGUUAUGUUGUGCCUAUUGCUAGAACUGGGCGUAACCACCACGCCAGUGUUGUGGCGUACAGUGUAAUUGCAGUUGCAAACAAAAUGACUUUAGUGCUUUUAAGAAAAAGUGUUUUCCAUGAAGACACGCCUGAAGGACCAAUCUCUUGACUUGGCUCGCGUGCUGCGUCACUAAAUGUUUCGUGUAAUACUUUAAUCAAUUUUACAGCAAUUCAAGUCGUCCACUUCCAGGGCCAUUUUUACAGCAGACAUUUUGACUUGUAAUAGCUGGAAAUGCUCAGAUAUUUUACUGACCUCAGCAAUUACACAAAUACCCCAGUGAGCCAUAACCGUAAGGAAACUCAAAUUAUUUUCACUACUUUGCUUGGAUUAUUUACACUGGUGCUGUAAGUAGGGCUAAUGUGUUUAUUGGGUAGUUCAAGUGGAAAUGAAUCAUCAUUUAUUUUAAUAAUUAACUCUUCAUCACUUCCCGGAUCAGAUACCAUUACAGUUUUUGCCCUAAACCCCAAGUUCUGCUUGGACUUUAUGCCUCAGUGGACUUUUAUUACCAUUAAUCAGUGGUUGUGUUUAUAUUUACUUGAUAAAUUUACAUUAAAAAAACAAACUGAAGAAUACUUUCACUAUUUUUAGCAUUGUCUUCAGGGAGGAGGAGGAAGGAGCUGCAUUAUUUUUUUUAUACUGCAGUAAUUUUCUUAGGAACUUAACUGUAGUGCAAGCUUCAAAUGUGGAUAUAGAGCUACUCGUGCCAGUGCUUUGACUAAGGUUAUUUCCAUUGCUUUUAUUGUCUGUAUUUGUUUGAGUAUUCAUUAAUCAUACCCAGCUUUCCUCUUGAUCUGUCAGUCUGUUGGUGUGUCACUAGCUUGAAUUCAGUUCCCAUAAUUGUAUUUAUCUCUUAGGAACUCAAUUUGUGAAAAAGCAUCAGUGUGUAUCAUACAUACACAACCCAACAACAACACUGCAAAGGGUUUCUCCACCAAACAUCCAGAAUGAAGCAAACAGGAAACCAAAAGGAGAACUUCUUUAUCAAGAACAUUCCUGAUGACCUGCUCAUAGCGCUGAAGUUUAUCUUUGGGCCUUGUGCGUUACCGGCUUUGGACCUGGUGGACCAACGUUCAGUCACCUGUCUGUCAUCUCCCAGUGGACGCAAGGUCUUCCAGGUCACUGGAGGCUCAGGACGUCUGUACACUUGCUUUGUGUCCUGUCACUACUGCCCAUGUCCGGCCUUCGCCCACACCGUGCUCCGCAAAAAUGAAGGACUUCUGUGCAAACACAUCCUGGCUGUCUACCUCUGUCAGGCCAUGGGUGUGACUCAGCAGGACAGUGUGACAGACCAGCAGGUGUCCAUGCUGCUAAGUGGGACAUCAACAACCUGAUUACCCAGGUAUAUUCACUGUCAUCAGCACACCGGGCCCAGGAGGGACAGCAUGGAUGGACCCACUCCUGGAUGAGAGUCCAUGUUUCCGGGCACACGACCAUCGUCCCUGCUAUCUCAGAUGUCUCUCUCUGACCCCAUUCAGGCCUGUUAUUCACAUUUUGUCCUGAGUAAUCUGACCACAUGUGGACAACGCUAAAUUCAGGCCUGAAUGCACCUAAAGCAUCUUGAAUAUGUCCUCAGAUCCAGUUACAAAAAUCCACAUUCGGAUUCCUCAGUCCUCUGACCCACCCACCCAUACAUUCAUUUAUUAGGAACCUUAGACUGAUCAACGCAUUAUUUAUCUAUGUAAUUGCUAAAAAAAAAUAUAGUUCGUAUCAAGUUUGUCAGUUAGAUUCAAACCAUUGUCAAAUGAGUUCACGUGAUGCUGAUUAAGUCUAUGUCUCAUGUCACCCGGCAACAUUCACACACUCCUGCACACAGGAAGUGAUUUGUUUUAUGUGAAGUCAGACGGAGGCAACGGCAACAUCGCGCUAGUAAAGUGAGCCGACUGCAAAACGGGUUGCCGACACAAAGAAGUGUCCACGAAAAGUUUCAGAAGUGAAUUCUGCUGCUUAAAAAAACCCUAUCUUUCAGCAGUUUGACGGAAUAAACACUUCUUCACUUCCACCCGAGCUGCUGCUGUAUACACACAAACGCUCCCUCAGUGGGGUCUGAUAGUUUUGCUUCACGACAGAGCCCGUUUUCAGUUGAAGGACACGUCGUUUUUUGUUCAUGAAGACCAAACUGAAAAUCACCUAAAGUUACACCCUGCAGCUUUAAAAUCUUAAUUUAAUUUUAAGCUUAAAUCUUUCAUGUUACAACAGUGUGAGUAGAGAUUUGCUCGUCACUCACUCAGACACAGCAAUACACGCAAUUAGCAUAUUUACAUAAGACACAUCCUUACAGUCAGCAUCUUAUAGGAGAUCUGAUCACGUGAUCGCACAUUUUAAUGCCAGGUGUGAACUCUGUACUUGUGAUUGAAGCAUUCUCUAAACCAUUUGAAAAUAUAAACAUUAUCAUAGGGUUUCAAAUGUUUUUUUUCUUGGAAUAAAGGCUGACCUUCAACAAUAUAAACAUUACCUUUAUUAACAAAAUAAUUCACCAUACAUACAGAUUGCAUCAUAUUAAAUAGCAGUAUCAGUUUGCAGUUGUAGUUUUGUUGAAUGGAAAAAAACAAAAACAUGACCACAGUGGGUGUUUUUUCCUGAUUAGUAACGUCACUAUACAGUGGCACACUGACAAAUAAUAGGAAAUGUACUUCGGGAAUGAAAGGCAGGAAUGUUGAACUUGAUCAACUUGUAAUUGUUCGUCUGACCUUUUGGAAAUCACAAAAGAAGGCAAUAUUUUGACAUCAAUUAAUAGCUCAUAGAAUGCCGGACACCUACAGUACUUUUUUUUUUUGACACAUUACUCAACACAGACAAUAUAAUACAAUGUUACAGUGCAGUUACAGUAUAGAUGUCUCCAUUGGAAUGUACUGAAAUGAUGGCACACUCCUGUGUUUUUAGCCCUUGUGGUGAUGCACAGAUGUGGUGCACUGGACACAACAUCAACAUGAGGGAAGAUAAUGAAGCAGGUAGCCCGAUGUGAGAACACUGGUUUCAACACCAACACGACAUGAUAUCAACAUGGAACGAGAAAUGUAAAAUGUCAGUGCAAUGUGUUCUCAUUACUGUAGUGUCGCGAUGAACAAGAGUCCAGCCUUGCUCCGAUUCCAUUUUAUCACUGUCGACUCUCGCCCUGUAUUUGUUUCCAAACGCUCGACAGCAACAUGAGAACAAUGUGGACACCACAACACCACAACACCCCCCCCCCCACACACACACACACACACACAGAAGAAUGACACUAUCAGGUGCUUUUAAGAUCUGCCUCAAAAAAGGGGAAGCAGUGCAGUGCAGCAGCUGUGUUUCCCUCCCUACACUGUCGUUUCGCAGCUUAUGAAGAACACUGAUGUUUUUACCCGUCUCUCUCUAAAAGGUCCAGUGUGAUAUCUAAAGGUGAGACUACAGACUGUAACAAACGGAUAUCUCCUCUGCGUCAGGGACCUACAGUGGCCUUCUCCAUUUGCAUAGUAAGCCUCCACUUCAAAAUGCUAAUCCCAUGCUCUGGCUGGUUUGUCUGUUCGGGGCUGUUGUAAAAGAAAUGAGUGAUGUGCAGAAUGUGGAAGCAAUCCCAUAACAAAUACUGAUAUCAAUAUUUUUUACUUCUAAAAGAAGAAGCUUUUGAUCACAACAUAACUAUGAUAAACAGAUUUUUGCAACUACUGUAGGAUUUUUUUUGUUUCCUCUCUUGCUCUGCUCUCUCUUGAGAUAAUGUGUGUUGUGAUUCAGCGCUAUACAAAUAAAAUUGAAUUGAAUUUA